CUGAACCUACACACUUUUUCUUGCUACAAUUCAGAGAAAAUGUUCUUCAAAGGAAGAAGCUGGCUUUGGUUAUAUGUGAGAACAAGUAUCAUUCUAGCAAGUGAGCUAAACAGCCCAGAGCGACAUGGGCAAAACAAUUGUUAUCAGCUUAACAGCUUUCACUGCAGCUUUGAGGAAGCAGAGCACUACUGCCAUGCCCAGGGUGGAUUCCUAGCUCAUAUUAGGAACCAGGAAGUUCCAGAUCACAUCUGGGACUUUCUGGAAGAAGGAAAAAAGUGGUGGAUUGGCCAAAAUGUAAUGCCACUGAAAAAACAUCAAGACGAAAAAUAUCCAGCAGACAUUGUUGCCCACGGGGACACAAAGCCCCCCAGCUGCACCUACCUGUCCAGAAACUUCAGUCGGAUCUCAUUCAAAGGGGACAAGUGCUCACUGGGACACUAUUUCAUUUGCCAGACUGAUGCCUUUUUGGACGGAGAUGCCCGUUAUGAAAGAAAUGGAAAUAAUUCUCAUUUGCCGUGGAGACCCAAGAAGACAAAAAGAGAAGUUGAAAUACUAAGAAACAAAAUGCCCCCAGGAGGUGCUCAUCUUUCAACCACAUGUCACCAUCCUCCUCAUGCUCGUCUUUCCAAGACGCUGUGUCAUCCCAUCAGCCCAUUCUCUUCAGUACUACCAAAAAUCACAGCACAGGUAACGCCAGUCACAUCUGAACCCAGCAGCCAGCCUCUCCCUGCGAGAACAGAGCCCACCAGUCCUGUGUCUGUCACACGUGCUGGUCAGUCUCAGAUGGAAACGGCUUCAAGCCCAGAGGAAGACACCCAUCCAAAUAGCUUCACCUCUCAUGGCCCAGUAUCACUGCAGAACGCGUCUGGUCAGGUCAUAGAUGAGAUAGUAGGAAAUUUCAGCAGAGCUGUUCAUGGUUUGCAAGCUCAUAACAAACUGCAGGAAGCUUGUGAGGUACUCCAGAAACUAACAGCCUUGACCCCGAGAUUUUCUAAGCCAGCUCAGGUUCAUCUCAUCAAUUCCCUUAUUUACCUGAGUGAACAGUUCCUGAGGAUCCCGUUUCAGAACAAUAGCAGUCUGGGCUUCAAAGUUCCUGCGAAUAUCUGCCUCUUUCAUUAUUUCAACAAUGUCACCAAAGCUGGAGAAGGAAGUUGGCAGGGGUCCAAGCGUGACCCUGAGCAGGUAGAAGACAUGCUGGAAAUGUCCUUGGUGGCGCUUGGGAAUAUUGGGGAAGCAUUUCUAGAGCAGAAGCAGCCUCCCGAGUCUUCCGUGACUUUGACCUCUUCUAUUGCUUCUCUGCUGCUGAGCAGACAAAACCUAUCAACUUUACCUCUGAGCUCUUACACGCUGGGUCAGCCGGCCCCUGUGAGACUAGGCUUUCCAUCGGCUUCAGCUUUGAAGGAGCUCUUGAAUAAACACCCCGGAGUUAAUGUCCAAGUAACAGGACUAGCUUUCAAUCCCUUCAAGGAUUUAGACAACAGAAACGUUGUUGGAAGCAUUGGAAGUGUGUUACUAAGUGCUAAUCAUAAAUUGCUCCAAGUCCAUGAUUUAAUGGAGGACAUUGAGAUCAUGCUCUGGAGAAAUGUUAGCCUGGAAACCCAUCCCACCAGCGUCAAUAUGAGCACAGAUCAGUUUACAAUCACAGUGAACGUCACGUCCUUGGAGAAAUCCCUGAUAGUGAGCAUAGAUCCUGACAGUCCCCUUUUAAUGACUCUCUACAUGGGGUUCCAGUAUCAGCCUAACUGCACUCACUUCCACCUGAACAUCACUCUUCCAAAGGAUAAGGUGUGGCAAAAAGAUGAGGAGUACAUAUGGGUACUGACUCCAGAGCAUCUACAGCACGGCAUUGGCACCUACUAUAUAACAGCUGUGCUGAGUGAGAGCCAGGAGGGUGUUCAGCAGAUGCCCAGCUUGGUCUCCGUCAUCACAGCCGUCACUCAGUGUUAUUACUGGGACAGCCACAACCGGACGUGGAGCAGCCAUGGAUGCCAAGUUGGGCCACAGAGCACAAUUCUGAGGACACAGUGUCUCUGUAACCACCUGACCUUCUUUGCCAGUGACUUCCUUGUCGUGCCCAGGACUGUGAAUGUUGAAGACACUAUCAUACUCUUCCUUCAUGUGACCAGCAAUCCUGUUGGGGUGUCGCUGCUGGCCAGCCUUUUAGGAUUCUACAUGAUCAUAGUUGUGUGGGCCUGGAGAAAAGAUCAAGCAGAUAUGCAGAAGGUGAAGGUUACUGUCCUGGCUGAUAAUGACCCCAGCGCUCAGUUUCACUACCUGAUUCAGGUCUACACCGGAUAUAGAAGAAGGGCUGCUACAACAGCUAAGGUUGUUAUCACCCUCUACGGAUCAGAGGGACAGAGUGAGCCCCAUCACCUUUGUGACCCCCAGAAGACGGUCUUUGAACGAGGGGGCCUGGAUGUCUUCCUUCUCACCACUCAUUCCUCUCUAGGGGAACUGCACAGCCUUCGUCUCUGGCAUGACAAUUCUGGCCUCAGUCCUUCCUGGUAUGUCACCCAGGUAAUUGUCUGUGACAUGGCAGUUAAGAGGAAAUGGCAUUUCCUGUGCAAUUGCUGGCUGGCUGUGGACCUCGGAGACUGUGAGCUUGACCGGGUCUUCAUACCAGUUUCAAAGAGAGAGCUCUUUUCCUUUAGACACCUGUUUUCCUCCAUGAUUGUAGAAAAGUUCACCCAGGAUUAUCUGUGGCUUUCAGUUGCAACUCGGCAUCCCUGGAACCUGUUUACAAGAGUCCAGCGGCUGUCUUGCUGCAUGACACUGCUCCUCUGCAACAUGGUCAUCAGCAUUAUGUUCUGGAAGAUAAGUGGCACCACUGGCAAGAGAGAUGAGCAAAUGGGUACAUUUGCUGUGGCCUGGUCUGAACUGCUCAUCAGCAUCCAUACUGCUGUCAUCCUCUUCCCAAUCAAUCUUGUCAUUGGGCGGCUCUUCCCGUUGAUUCAGCCACAGGAGACUGUGCCCCUCUUUCCUCCCAUCCAGGUCUCCUGCCUCUUAGAUGCUUCCGUUGAGCCUCUCUCUGUCACAAUGGUAGUUGAGGAAUUAAGGGAAACUGUGCGAUUCCUGCUCAGAAGACAUACAUAUCUACUCUCAGAGUGUAAACAACCGUCAUGGAGUUCUUGCAACAUUACUAAGCUGGUGGAACUUUUAUCCAGCCUCCUGUCUUCUCACUUGGAGGGUCAAGGCUGUCAUCAGCAGGCAGAGCGCCACCGGGCACGUGUUGUUCCUGAAAACCACCAUCAUUUCUGCUGUUACCUGUGUAGAGUUCUACAGAGGCUAAAAUCUCACUUAGGCACUCUGGGUCUCACCCAGGGCCACCAGACUUGUGACCUCCUAGCUGCAGCCAGCCAUCUUCAAAAACUCCAGGAACUCUUGGAAACACACAUGCUUCCCACGGAGCAAGAGCCAUUCAGGGAAGUCACCAGUUUCGCCAUCCUGAGCUCAGAAGAAGGAAAAAGGCCCAUCUCUAAUGGCCUGUCCAAAUGGUUGAGUUCAUUCUGCUGGCUCCUCCUGGGUCUCACUAGCCUGGCUUCAGCCUUCUUUAUAGCACUUUAUAGCUUGGAAUUGAACAAAGACCAAGCCACCAGCUGGAUGAUUUCAGUUAUUUUAUCAGUGCUUCAAAAUGUCCUCAUCAGCCAGCCAGUAAAGGUGGUCGUCUUCACAUUCUUCCACUCACUGAUGAUGAGCAGGGUGCCACGGCUUCACAAGGAGAAGGAACAACAAACCAAGAGGAUCUUGGCACUCUUGGCAAAGUGUUCUUCAUCAGUACCAGGUUCAAGAGAUAAGAACAACCCCGUCUAUGUAGCCCCAACUAUGAAUAGUCCAACUAAGCACCCAGAAAGAACCCUGAAAAAGAAGAAACUCUUCCAACUGACUGGAGAUAUUUUGGUACAAAUCUUCUUCCUUACCCUGUUGAUGACUACAAUCUACUCUGCAAAGAACUCCAAUAGAUUUUACCUCCACCAAGCUAUCCGGAGGACCUUUGCUCACCGUUUCUCAGAAAUCAAGCUUCUUCAGGAUUUCUAUCCCUGGGCCAAUCACAUCCUCCUUCCUAACCUGUAUGGGGAUUACAGAGGUAAGAAUGCAGUCCUGGAGCUUAGUCAUUGCAAAUGGGGGAUACAAUUAAUUUUCCAAAUACCCGCUACCAAGACCCAUGAGAAAGAGGAAGGUCAGCUGGCUUUUAUUGACGGCCAUACCUGUGGGUGUCCCAAGGGCCUGUUCCUUGAACCUCAUCUAAGCAGGUUCAGUUAUAUCUGUUCACCCAGGCCUAUGGGGCUGAUUUCCACUGAUGAGCUUCACAAAAAGCUGACAAGAAUGAGAAUUAGGGGUUGGUCUUGGUGUCUCAGGGGUGCUUUCUUCACCUCUGUGAGACUGGAAAGCUUCACUUCCCUUCAGAUGUCAAAGAAGGGCUUUGUCUGGUCUGUCAUCUCACAAGUCAUCUAUUAUCUACUGAUCUGUUACUAUGCCUUCAUACAGGGUUGUCGGCUAAAACGGCAGAAGUGGAGGUUCUUCACCAGGAAAAGAAACAUUCUGGACACAAGUAUAAUCCUCAUUAGCUUCAUCAUCCUGGGGCUUGACAUGAAGAGUAUUUCUCUACAUAAGAAAAACAUGGAACAAUACCGCCAUGACCGGGACAGGUUCAUCAGCUUCUAUGAGGCGGUAAAAGUGAACUCUGCUGCAACCCAUCUCGUGGGCUUCCUGGUUCUGCUGGCAACUGUUCAGUUAUGGAGCUUGCUGCGUCAUAGCCCCAGGCUGUGGGUCAUCAGCAGGACACUGAGCCGAGCCUGGGACGAGGUGUCAGGCUUUCUGCUGAUCAUCCUGAUCCUGCUGACAGGCUAUGCCAUUGCCUUUAACCUGCUGUUUGGAUGCAGCGUCUCUGACUACCGGACAUUUUUCAGCUCAGCAGUGACUGUUGUUGGUCUCCUGACAGGAAUUUCUCACCAAGAGGAGGUUAUCGCUUUAGACCCAGUCCUGGGCACCUUUCUGGUCCUCACCAGUGUUAUCUUGUUGGUACUUGUGGUAAUUAAUCUUUUUGUUUCUGCCAUUCUAAUGGCCUUUGGAAAAGAAAGAAAGUCACUUAAGAGACAAGUUGCACUAAUAGAUAUGCUGCUACUGAAGCUCUCAAAUUUGUUAGGAAUCCGUCAGCCCCAAAAAACGUCAUCUGAGCAAGCAGCUACGACAUCAAUGGGCAUUGACGCUGAAGUUUUAGAAGACGAACUACCUUAAUCCUGUUUUCUCCUACUUGGCUUAGUAUUUCUUAGCAUAUUACUACUUAUCGUUGCAUGGCAUGACUUUACAAUAGUAAUAUACUUUGUUUUUAAUUCUGUAAGUUAGUGAGAAAUUGGAAUACCCUUGGUCCCAAGUUCUUACGGAUCUUGGCACUGUCAAGAUAGGAUUAACACCGUAAGAAUACUACCAGACAAACCAGCUCAGCUGCCAAGCACCAAGUAACAGAACACUCACCACCCAUGGCCCAGGACGGAUUGGGAAACGGAGGAGUCAGAAGUGAGCUCACUGCAACUUACUAAAAAUAAAUAUACAAGGAUGAGGCAUGGCAGAUGCAGAGCCCUGUCACUGAGGAGGACCAAAUUCACAGAUGCUAUCUGGGCUAUCUAAAUACAGAGACCAAAAUGAGCCCUGCACUGCUCCAGGAAUCCUGAAGUUAAGGCCUGGUUAACAUGCAUCACUUGGUUAAAAUAUUCUCCACUGAACUCCAGCUUUCUACAUCAUCUGAGCAAACAGAGAAAGCAGGACACAGGAUCUUUAUUAGCAGCUACUGAGCUACAGAAUACAAACCAACUGAAAACAUUAAAGAAAGGCUGCUUGAAACAGGUAUGUACAGGUAUACUACACAGAAGCGAAAGCCAUAUCCAAUCCCAAAGCCACCCCUGUGGGGAAGAAUGGCCUUAGCUAUGAGCCAAAGGAGUACAGAAGUUACAACAUGAGAAUCCCAUCCAGGAAAGCAGUGAACAACUACAGCUGCAUGGACACC